AUCGAAUUCAGAGUCGCUGGAAACAAAAACAGGUACAAAAAUAGUGAUUCAUUGGCUCAAAGAGAGCAACAUGAAAAUAUCAAAAUAACUAUUAACGUUAGCGGUUUAAGAUUUCAAACGUAUCGGGGUACACUGGAAAACUUCCCAAACACUUUGCUUGGCUCGGUCGCAAAACGUCAACAAUUCUACGAUCCUGUAAUGGAGGAAUUUUUUUUUAAUCGAAACCGUUCAGCAUUUGAGGCGAUUCUGAGCUUCUACCAGAACAAUGGUCACAUAUUCCGACCAAAAGGAGUACCAUUGAAAAUACUUGCUCGCGAAAUUAUGUUCUUUGAAUUGGGAAAUGCUGCUAUCAAUCAAUUGUUUGAGAUGCCCUGUCAUUCAUCUUCUGACGAAGACAAAGUUCUGCCCGACAAUAAAUGGCAAAAUCGUGUUUGGUUGUUGUUUGAAUAUCCAGACAGCUCUACAUUUGCUCGUAUUUUGGCGUUUUUGUCUCUGACUGUCAUCUUAGUUUCUAUAGUAACGUUCUGCUUGGAAAGUAUGCCGAAGCUUUGCACUCCGGGGAAAAAGGAACAGCCUUGGAUUUCCAUCGAAAUUGCAUGUAUCGCUUGGUUUACACUAGAAUAUAUUUGUCGACUGCUAUCUUCACCACAGAAGAUCAAAUUUCUUAAAUCAUUUUUAAAUAUGAUUGAUUUGAUUGCUAUCUUACCGUAUUACGUCACUAUACCAUUUGAUAUUUCUUCUGGAAAAUCCUUUGCGGUACUUCGUGUUGUACGACUUGUGCGCGUCUUCCGUAUUUUCAAGCUUUCGCGGCAUUCCAAGGGACUUCAAAUAUUGGGUCAAACGUUGCGAGCCAGUAUGCGAGAAUUGGGAAUGUUAAUAUUCUUCAUGGUUAUUGUUGUCGUGUUAUUCUCCAGCGCCAUAUUCUACGCAGAAAAAGAUAGCAACAAAAACUUUCCUUCGAUUCCGGACGCAUUCUGGUGGUCAGUGGUCACUAUGACGACAGUUGGAUACGGAGAUGUGUAUCCGCAAACUUUGGAAGGGAAGAUUGUGGGCUCACUGUGUGCUCUAGCAGGAGUGCUCACUAUUGCACUUCCUGUUCCUGUUAUCGUCUCAAACUUUACAUAUUACUAUCAAAGUGAGCACGAGUAUCGUGAGUUUGAAACAUUGAUGCAAAAGAAUAAUGGGAACGAUUUCAGGAGUAGUGAUGGGAAAACAGUGUUAGAUGACCAGUUUGCAGAAAAUGAAACAGAGCACAACAAUACGACUCCAAAAAUUGAACUUGAAAGAAAGGAAGCUGAAUUUGAGCUUCAAGAAGUUGUUAUUCACUAAACUAUUUGGUGAUAAGAAAAAGUAGCGCAGCUUAAUUACUCUUUUCAUCUAUUUAUUUCUUGCCAUUUUAUGUUUGAUUUUUGAGGUAACUCUCAUUCUUAAAACAUAAUUUAAAUAUUCUGGAGCAGUUGGGAACUAUUUAACCAUAGUCGGUGGUUGUUUUCGAAAAAGAAAGCGUAGUACAAGCAAAAGGAUUUUUAGAAAUCAUAUAGUUGCUUGAAAUUAUAUAGUUUAAAACUGAACAAGCCCAAGGAAAGCAUGAUUUUUAUUUUGCGUUAUUAUAUUUGUCAUUGUCAAUUAUCAAAAAAUGUACGACAAAAUUAUGGAUCCAACAUUAAGAAUAGCAUAAAUUAUGAAUCAAAAUUUUAUCUGAAUACAUAACUAUAGUUUAUCAUAUUAAAGUGAUUGUUUAUGUC